UCAGAUGUGUUUAUUUCUAUUUUGAACUGUUAAACCUUUGUUAAGAGUGGCAUUUAUGAGUCCAACAAAUAUUCCGAAGAUAUUUUCAACAUUAUUAUAAUGUGGAUACUUUAAAGACGAAAAUAUAUACGCGUUUGUAUAAAAGAACAGUUUGACAUACAAGAAUUAAAAUAUCAACAUUCCAUACACAUUCACUUAUUAAUGUAUCAAAGUCUCGGCGAAGCGUUAGUUUGAGUUCAUUAAUUCAGUGAAACAGAAAAUUCCGAAAGACAUCUCUCUCUUUUGCGUCUUGGAUAUCAUACCUGUAAAAAAAAUUAUCUUUGGAUAGCAGGCAAAUGAAACAUGUACUAGAAUGAUUUCAAUUUGUAGCUACUUAGACAAUUGUGUUUCGCUUAAAUCAGCCAGACCUUUGUUAAUAUUUCCAACCGUGUGGAUUUUUAAAAAGAUGGGAAUCACGUACAACCUACUUAGUGUAACACAGUGACAUUUGCAAAACGACCAAAAUAUAUUUUGAAUCAAGUGUGGUUCAUUCUAAUAGUAAAAUUUUGUGAUGGGAUACUCCAUCUUAAUGUGUAUUUAAAAACCUACCCUAAAACAUCUUCUGCCCCUCUUUUGUUCACUGUCAUAAUCAGAUGACAAUACGUAGUUUGUAAAGCAAUAGAGACUGCCUCUGCAGUGGGAUACAUUUGUGACGUCACACAGCUGAUAACGGCGGAAACAGCCGAGCGAAAGGUUACUCUCGGUAAGGUUUGGCAUCUUUUGAAAUUAAUUCCAGCUGAACUACAAAUCCUGCAGACUUGGUUUUUUCGAGACUGUGAUUAAAAUGAUCAGGAAAGGGACCAAUCAAUAUGAUAAAUAACCUAAGUAUGCAGAGUCUAUUCUGCCUAUCGGAUCCCAAACCAAUUCACCUUACAGACCACUAUUACAUCACAGAAAAUACCCGGAUGCGGCUGGUGCUAGCCUAUAUGAGAGGGGGGUCCACUCUCACGGCGGACAUUGUGCGGCACACAGAGGCUGAUUUCUAUCAGUUUGAGCCCCUCCAUGGCAUUACGAUCGCCGUGAAGGAAAACAGACCCGUGCAGUUUCUCAAUGGAACGAUUAGAAAUAUCACAAAAGAGGAGCUGGAAUCGGUUUAUACGGAAAUGAUUUACCACUGGUUCACAUGCAACUUCAAAAAUAUUGAUCUUCCUGGACUCACCGAUUCUUUUAUUAAGAUCUUCACACCUGAACAUGGGAAAUAUUACUCGUGUAUCAAUCCAGUCAAAACCACAAAAAGCAAACUAGACCUCGUAAAGCAAUGCAUUCCAAUAUUACACCUCAAAUGUCUCGAGUCGAAAACUCGGACGUUGAAAACAAUUCGAUUGACGGUGUCUAUGGCGGGAAAACUUUUAAAAUGGCUACCUAGGCUUCAAGUUCUUCAUUUGAUACGAGAUCCUCGUGGGAUAAUAAAUUCGCAGUUCGAGCAGGAGAUAACGGAGGGUAAAAAUGUAUCAAUUGCUUCAAAAGACUUAUGUCAAACCAUGUCUACAAAUUUAAAUUCAUAUAAAGAACUAGAACAGUGCCAUGGAAGUAGAAUGCUAGGGGUGGUGUAUGAAAAUUUGUGCCAGAAUCCUUUUAUUGUUGUGCCAAAGAUAUUUAAAUUUUUUCAUAGCAAUUAUUCAACGCGUGUUAGAGACUUUGUGAAAAAGUUAAUGCAAGGACCCGUUAAGGCCUGUGACUACUGUACAGACAGGGGAAAAGCCCUCGCCAAUGCUUAUCGUUGGAUAUCAAUUAUCCACAAAAAUGUUUUGAAAAUCGUCGAUAAACAUUGCUCUUUUCUUUACUCGAAUCUGGGAUAUAAACAAUUGGACUACAACAAACUGAAUGUAACGAAAACAUCAUGGAAAUCCCUAACAAGUUCUUCCAUAGGAUACCGGUAUUCGUGAUACAGUGUUCAAUAUUUUAUUCCACAUAUUGUAAAGUCAUAAUGUAUGCCCCGUGUAAUGGCUCACAUGUUGCCUAGUAACUGCUUGUGCCUUGGUUUGUCAGUGAACCAAUAAUUUUAAAACUGGAUAAGAAGAAAAGAACCGUAAUCAGUUGCAAAGACAUGCUAUUUCAACGAUUACCGUUUUGUAUCAUAUACGUUUGAUUUCAAUGAUGUUAAGAGAUUAUGUACUUCAAACCAUGACAAGAAGAUGCCUCUUGUUGAUUUUUCAGUCUGACCUAGUGAUUUACUUCGUUGUUGCACUGAAAUACAUGUAGCAAGAACUUACAUUUAUUCGUCAAAGUGUUAUUGUUAUGGUCAACAGAACCCAGAGCCGACCGAUGCUAUACCGAAGUGGUCUUUAGCUCUGUAGCCACCCCAGUAAUUCUUAAAUUUAUACGAUAGACACCAGUGAAAAUACCUCCUUAUUUUAGUAGAAAGUGCUUUGAUUUUCUUAAAUAAUUUAUUUUAGGGUAUGUCAUAAAGUCAUCGCCUCAUGAUUUAAGAAAAGUUAUUUGACAUUAGUUCAUAAAAUCGUCUAACAAAGUCACCUUCAUCUCAUUCAUUGACCACGUUACCUCUGAGUUGGCUGUUAGUUGUCAAUAUUGGUUUUUACUUGAUACUCAUUUCAUAUCGUCUUUUAUUUACCAGUUGAGUAUAUUUUGCCGUUCCACGGGUUUUCUAUGUUAUUUUAUGCGCACUAUGUUAAAUUGAUCACUCUUGUUGAAAUAGUUCAUGUUCAGAACCUUGUUAGUUUUUCAUCCCGAUGCCUUUUUCUAUUAGUACAAAAAUAAAUGUUUAACUCGUCUGAUACGUUAUAAAGUACUAAAGUAUGAUAUGGUAGCGUUAUAGUUAUCAGUGCUUUCAAAAUCUUGGCGGAGUAAUGCUAUAUUGACUAUACUUCCGUCGGUGCCCAUGUUUUUCCUCUAGCCUCAGGUUAAUUAUAUUUUUAUGACGUCACAUUUGUAGAUUGUCAUUUUAUUUUAGUGAUCUCAUUUUUGUGCAUAAGAUAGAUUUAUUCUUAAAGAAAUUCAAUGCCUUUUUGAUAAUGUUGGCAGUCUAAAAUCAACAUUGUUACUGUGUUUUAUAUUCAGAAGCUUUAUUGUCAACAUCAUGUGCUGGUACAGGGAAUUUUUUAAUUUUUAAUUCAAUGAUGCAAGUUUAAAAAAAAAAUACCGCCUCCAACAAAUUUUUGACACUUUUCCAAUAAAAAGCUUACGAAGCGAAGUGUUCAUUAUAAUUGAUUUUAUAAUAUUUCAUUGUUUGGUUAGUUUUUGAUAUGAAUCUGUCGUUUUAUGUUUUAUACAACGUUGAAUAAAGUUUUCGAACAGCAUGAA